UUUCCCACACUACAAUCAUUCAAACCGAUUCAACCUAAAAGUCCAAACUUUAAACCACUUUUCUUAUUUCACACACAAUCAAAAUCCACCCUUCAAUCACCGUCAUUGGAUUCCCCAAUUCAUUUCAUCCAACGAUCCAAAUCCAAACACGCAAUCACUCUCAUAGAAUCAACCGUACACAAUCACACACACACUCCUUGCAACUUUUUAUGUUUCAUCAAAUCUAGCAUUUUAAUGCUGAAACAAAACAGAACAAAAACAACAACAAAAAUGGACAUGAUGAUUCCUGGGAAAAUCCGAAAACGAGGAUGUUCCUCAUCCGCUUCAUCUUCUUCCUCCGUGAUUCAAAACUACCGAUUCAAAAGAGCUAUUCUAGUCGGCAAGAGAGGCGGAUCCACAACACCUGUGCCUACGUGGAAGCUUCUGAGCUCGAGAUCUCCGGCGGCGGCGAUGCGGAUAGUUGAAUCGCCGAGGCAUCCGCCGUCGCAAUCGGGUGGUAAAUCGAGGCAGCUUCCGGUGUCGGCGAGGAAACUGGCGGCGACGCUUUGGGAGAUGAAUGAGAUUCCUUCGCCUAGUGUGAAGGAAAUGCGGGAUCAUGCGAAGAUGAAGAAAGAGGGGAAAUCGAAAGAUAGGGUUUCGACUGUUAGGUCUAUUCGUUCUGGCUCUUUGCCUCCUCAUUUGUCUGAUCCAUCUCAUAGUCCUCCAUCAGAGAGAAUGGAUCGAUCUGGGAUUGGUAAUCGGCAUAGAAGAACGCUGAGUAAUUCUCAUAGGAUGAGGAUAACAGAACACCAUGUUGGACCUUUGGAUUCUCUUAGCAAUGCCAGUGUUAUGGAGAUUGAAACCAGAUCUCGAGCACAGACCCCUGCUUUAUCUACGGUGGGAUCUAAACCGCGUUUGAAAGAUGUCAGUAGUGCUUUAACGACAUCAAAAGAGUUGCUUAAAAUUAUAAACCGCAUGUGGGGUCAUGAAGACCGUCCUUCUUCUAGUAUGUCCCUUAUCUCAGCUUUGCAUGCUGAGUUGGAGAGGGCUCGACUACUGGUCAAUCAGCAUAUCCAGGAACAACGGUCAGAUCAAAACGAGAUAAACUAUUUGAUGAAGUGUUUUGCUGAAGAAAAGGCUGCUUGGAAAAGCAAGGAGCGAGAAGUUGUUGAGGCUGCGAUUGAAUCUGUUGCAGGAGAACUUGAUGUAGAGCGGAAGCUUAGGAGACGGUUGGAAAGCUUGAACAAGAAGCUUGGGAGAGAGCUGGCUGAGACCAAAGCAUCCCUUCUUAAGGCGGUGAAAGAACUUGAAACUGAAAAGAGAGCAAGAGAAAUUAUCGAAAAAGUAUGCGAUGAGUUAGCAAGAGAUGUUGAUGAGGAUAAAUCUAAGAUAGAGAAACAAAGGAGAGUAUCAACAAAAGAUUGUCGGGAGGUAGAGAGAGAAAAAGAAAUGAUGCAGUUAACCGAUAUGUUACGCGAGGAGAGAGCUCAAAAGAAACUCUCGGCGGCAAAAUAUCAGCACGAGGAAAAGAAUGCUGCUGUUGAUAUGCUCAGGAAUCAGCUUGAAGCUUUUCUAGGAAACAAACAAGUUAGAGAAAAAGGACGUAGUUCCACUCACUUGAAUGAUGAAGAAAUUGCUGCAUAUCUGGGAAGAAGCAGAUUAAGCAACCAUCAUACCGAAGAUAAAGAAGACGAUGAAGGGGAGGUUGACAAUGGAGUAGAAUGCGAAGAGGAAUCCGGGGAAAGUGACUUGCAUUCUAUAGAGUUAAAUAUGGACAACAACAACAAAAGCUAUAAAUGGACCCACCCUUCCGACGGUAGGAAGUCUAUCUCUGGGAGAGCUUCUAGGAUAAGCAUAUCUCUGCAAAGAAGUAUAUCAGAUGGAGUGGAUUGGGGCGUCCGAGGUGAUGAGAAGCUCCUAAAUUCCGGAGAUGGAAUAGAUUGGGAAAGCUUUUAUGAACUGGAGAAGCAAGCUCAAAGAAAAAGUCACGGCGAUGAAGUACAAAGCUAUAAAUCGGUGAAAGGUUUAAAGGACCAGAUAUUGGCUGGUUCUAGGCUUGGAUCUUCUAAAGGUUAUGCCAGUCCAACUAGACAAUUUUCACAACCUUGGCCGUCACGAGAUCCAACAAGUACCUUCCAAGAGAGGCAUGCUACACUGCAGAGUUCUGGUCAAAAAUCAAGGUUAGGAGAAGCCAGAGGCGAGUUCCCGAAUGUAAGGAAACCUAAAAGGUGAAAAAAUGAUAAAAUCUUCUAACACAAUGCCUUGUUUGCCAAGCAAUAUCAUUGACAAGGAGAAGUUGAAAAAAAGUUUUUCCUCCAUGUCAUGUUUUAUUUUGUUGAUAACCAUGUAAUGGUAAAGUUGCAGCACUCUGCUGCAUAGUUUUUCAUCUGACCAAUAUGGAUGUAUGGUCUUGUUUGUAGAGUUCAGAACAUGUGUUAUAAGUAUAACCAUGAGUUUUUUCUUUUCUCUUGUAACAUAUGCUGAUGUUGAGUUGAUUAAGAAAGUUUGUUUUUUUUUUCUUUACUGGUAUUGUGAGGCUCUUGAUGCUACCGAUGAACUGACAAUUAGUUUAAUUAAGUCACUUUGAGUAGAUAUGGAUGAAAAGUGUGGUGAAAAUAUUGUAGGUUGGAA